UUCGAUGUGGUUGUCACAUGUGACGACCAGAGAAGGUUAUGCGCGAUUGAAACAUGGCUGCUUGCACACGGAGGGCUGCAGAGGUCCUCUGUUUAGUAAGGACCUUAAGACAAAUUCAGCAUCAAAAUGAACGUUUUAUCUCAACGUCGCUGCCCCACCUUGCUGCGGGAGGAGAUGGUCGACCACCUAAAUUCACCCCACCACCUAAACCAGUUAUUGUUGACAAAACACAAUCCGAAGCUUCAUUACGACGGUUUCUUAGCCCUGAGUUCAUCGCUCCACGUUCUCGAACCAGCGGCUUGAAGUUCGUUGUUGAGAGGAAGGAUAUGGUCCAGAGGCGUAAAGUACUCAAUAUCCCUGAAUUUUAUGUUGGAAGCAUAAUGGCAGUGUCCAUGAAGGACCCAUAUGCCAACGGGAACACAAAUCGCUUUGUGGGUAUAUGCACGCAGAGAAAAGGCAGCGGGCUAGGAGCCACAUUCAUCCUUAGGAACAUCAUCGAUGGACAAGGUGUAGAGAUCUGCUAUGAGAUGUACAGUCCGCGCAUCCAAGCCAUUGAAGUGCUCAAGCUAGAGAAGAGGCUGGAUGAGAACCUAAUGUACCUACGCGAUGCUCUCCCAGAGUAUAGCACUUUCGACUUUGACAUGAAGCCUGCACCCCAUAAUCCCACUGCAGAUGUUCCCAUCAAUACUGUCAAAGUUCGGAUGAAGCCAAAGCCAUGGUCCAAGCGCUGGGAGAGGCCAAAGUUCAACAUCCAGGGCAUUCGCUUUGACCUCUGCCUGACCCCUGAGCAGAUGGAGCAUGCUCAGAAGUGGGCGCAGCCCUGGCUGGAGUUCGACAUGAUGAGGCACCACGACACUGCCCAGCUGGAGGAGGCCAUCUACAAGGAGGUGCAGGCUGAGCUCAGCAAGUGAUGCCCCCCCCCACGCCCCCGCCCCCGCCCCCGCCCCCAAAGGGAGGGAGGAAGGGUGGACUGAUGGACAGACUGAACUGAAAGUGUCACAGGGUUCUAGCGAUAGGGGUGUCGGAAAUGACCAAGCUUUGGGUGUGAAGACAGCAGGGGACGGACCCAUCAGCUGUGUGGAGCAGUGAUUAUUGAUUAUGGAUUACUGUAUGAGCAGUGAUUAUUGAUUACUGAAUUGAUUACAGCAGUGAUUGUUGUGUGCGCCAUUUUCUCUGCCUGUGUGGUGAAGAAACCAAAACUGCUUUAUAUUUAAAAGAUGUGUCUCCAUCCAAAUACACUCAUUUAAAAUGGACUAAUGUCUGGUCAUUGUUAUAACAGCUGCCAAUGCUUAACAUUUAAAAAAAAAAAAAAACAUUACCUGUCCUGUGAUUUGUAAAUAUACUGCGAGUUUUUUAAGCAGCCUCAUAUGGAGCUUUGAAAUUGAAUGAGAGAAUUGUGUGGUUUGGUCAGGGUUUUCACUUAAGGUGUGGGUCAUAGUGCGUUUAGCACUGUCUGGUUGGGUAUGAGUGGUUGUUGUUGGGCUUUUUAAUGUUAUGUAAGCAUUGUUUAUAUAUGUUGGCUCUUGACAAAAAGGCUGUUCAAUUAAACCAUGUAGACCUUUUAAGAU